CUGAGUCUCAGAGGUGAUGGCAAAGGGCUGCAGGUGCCCCUUCAGUAAACAAGGCUCUCCCCAGCUUCUCCAAAGCCGCAGGCAGCUUGGCAGAGGGCAAGAGUGACUCUGGGGUCAUCGGUGAAGAGAUGACCCUGUCGGAGCUGUCUGGCUGUGCAGAGUGAUGAACUGGUAGCAGGCAGCAUCUCUUGCUGACUCUGGAUGCGCAUUAGAACCCUUCCUGUUCGCUUCUGAAGGAGCGUGGUGUAAGCACUCAGCAGUUACAGUGGAGGAGGUGUCCCCCACCCUUGAACAAAAGGUCGGACUCUGAGGAUGAAACCUUAAGGUGGUUAGGUCCCAGAACAGGGAAGUGCACAGUCACCUUGGAGGGUCCAAGGGCUCCUAGCUUGAGUAUUAGGGAUGCAAGGUAUUAUAGGAUCCAGAAGAAGAAUGUGGAUGCAGGAGUGGUGGCAGCCAUGGCACUUAGAACUGUGGAAGUGGCUUUGUCAGAGUGCCCUGGGAGAAGCUGGGACGGUGCCGGAGCGUGAAGGAGUUUGAGAAGCUGAACCGCAUUGGGGAAGGCACCUACGGCAUUGUGUACAGGGCCCGGGAUACCCAAACGGAUGAGAUUGUUGCCCUGAAGAAAGUGCGGAUGGACAAGGAGAAGGAUGGGGUCCCCAUCAGCAGCCUUCGAGAGAUCACGCUUCUCCUUCGCCUCCGCCAUCCGAACAUCGUGGAGCUGAAGGAGGUGGUUGUGGGGAACCACCUGGAGAGCAUCUUCCUGGUGAUGGGUUACUGUGAGCAGGACCUGGCCAGCCUUCUGGAGAACAUGCCGACACCCUUCUCUGAGGCGCAGGUCAAGUGCAUCGUGCUGCAGGUGCUCCGGGGCCUCCAGUACUUGCACCGGAACUUCAUCAUCCACAGGGAUCUGAAGGUCUCCAACUUGCUCAUGACGGAUAAGGGCUGCGUGAAGACAGCGGAUUUCGGCCUGGCCCGGGCCUAUGGCAUCCCGCUGAAGCCAAUGACCCCCAAGGUGGUCACCCUCUGGUACCGAGCCCCUGAACUGCUGCUGGGGACCACCACGCAGACCACCAGCAUCGACAUGUGGGCCGUGGGCUGCAUCCUGGCCGAGCUGCUGGCCCAUAAGCCCCUUCUGCCCGGCGCUUCCGAGAUCCACCAGGUGGACCUGAUCGUACAGCUGCUGGGGACACCCAGUGAGAACAUCUGGCCGGGCUUCUCCCAGCUGCCGCUGGUGAGCCAGUACAGUCUGAGGAAGCAGCCCUACAACAACCUGAAGCACAGGUUCCCGUGGCUCUCGGAGGCCGGCCUGCGCCUGCUGAACCUUCUCUUCAUGUACGACCCCAAGAAAAGGGCGACGGCCGGCGACUGCCUGGAGAGCUCCUACUUCAAGGAGAAGCCCCUGCCCUGCGAGCCGGAGCUCAUGCCCACUUUCCCCCACCACCGCAACAAGCGUGCUGCCCCGGCCACAUCCUCAGGCGCUGAGAGCCAGAGCCGGCGCUGCAAGCCCUGAGGGCGGGGGCCCCUGCGGCCCGGCCUGUCCCUCGGCCAGGACCGACCAGCUGCUCCAGCUGACUGCACCGCUUCCUGCACCUCUGCCCACCGCUGCCCCAGAACAGCAGCGUGUGGACAUGGGGGAUGCCGGUGGGUGCGUCCUGCAGGCCCAGACACCCUGCCGGGCGCCACCUGGUGGCUCUGUCAUCUCAUGGCUCUGCCAUCUGGUGGCUGGGCUGGGUCCACCUGUUGCCAAGCCCUCAGACCCUCACUUCCCAGGAGGAAAUUUGGCUGGGCCCAUCUCAGGAGGUGUCUCUGGCUUGGGACGAGCAGACCCCACGUGGUCACUUUUGUCCCCACUUGAUCCCCAAGGUCGGCCUAGGAAGGGAGAGGCUACAGUGACCCCCCCCUGCUGGGGCUGCAGGACUCAGAGUGGGAAGGAGGGGUGGGGUGUGGGGUGCCGCCAGCUUGGUGGACUAGAGUCUGGGCAGCUCUGAGCCCACCAGAGGGACAGCCCCUGGAGUGGGGGCUGUGCCCUGUGCCCACUCCCCACUGAGGCUCCUGGGGAGGGACAUGGUUGGGCCUCGGAGAGAUAAACGCUUUCCUCACAGACA